CCCUCCACGUGGAAUAUGUCAUCGCAAACCAUAUAUCCUCUGGAAAAAACUCAAACCAAAACGGAAAACAGAAACAAAGCUCGUAUUGGCAACGACGACGUUGUUUUAACAACACUCAUCUUCUUCAGAAGCAGUUACUUAAAACGACAUGGUAAUCAAGAGCACAUAAACACAAAACGACGACGAAAAUCACAACAACAACAACAAUGGAGUGCGUUGGAGCUAGAAACUUAGCAGCAAUGGCGUUUUGCUUAAGUCCUUCUUCAAGAUUACGGUUAAGGAGGAAGAAGCUUUGGAUAAGAAGAGGAGUUUCGAGUAACGCGAUUCGGUUGCGUUCGCAUUCGCUGAAAUUGGAAGCAAAAGCAGGUACGGGAAGCGAGAGUUGCGUUGUUGAUAGAGAGGAUUUUGCUGAUGAGGAAGAUUUUGUUAAAGCUGGUGGCUCUGAACUUGUUUUCGUUCAAAUGCAGCAGAAGAAAUCAAUGGAAAUGCAGUCGAAGCUUGCUGAUAAGUUGCCACCUAUCUCUAUUGGAGAUGUACUGGAUCUAGUUGUGAUUGGUUGUGGUCCUGCUGGUCUUGCCCUAGCUGCUGAAUCUGGCAAGUUAGGCUUAAAAGUUGGGCUUAUAGGUCCGGAUCUCCCGUUUACAAACAAUUAUGGUGUGUGGGAGGACGAAUUUAAAGGUCUUGGACUUGAAGGUUGUAUUGAGAAUGUUUGGAAGGAUACCGUUGUAUAUAUUGAUAAUAAAGAACCCAUUUUAGUUGGACGUUCUUAUGGCCGAGUCAGUCGACAUUUGCUUCACGAGGAAUUGUUAAGAAGGUGUGUCGAGUCAGGUGUCUCAUACCUUGGCUCAAGAGUAGAAAGGAUUGUUGAGGCUAGCAAUGGUCAUAAUCAUGUCGUCUGUGAAUAUGAUACAGUAGUUCCCUGCAGGCUUGCUACUGUUGCAUCAGGAGCAGCUUCAGGGAAACUAUUGCAGUAUGAGGUUGGGGGUCCGAAGGUGUGUGUACAAACAGCUUAUGGUGUGGAAGUUGAGGUGGAAAACAAUCCUUAUGAUCCAAAUGUGAUGGUUUUCAUGGAUUACAGAGACUAUAUGAAGAAAAAUGUUCAAAGUCUAGAAGAUAAAUAUCCAACAUUUCUUUAUGUGAUGCCCAUGUCUCCUACGAAAGUGUUCUUCGAGGAAACAUGUUUGGCAUCAAAAGAUGCCAUGCCUUUUGAUUUAUUAAAGCAAAAGCUCUUUUCAAGAUUAAAUACGAUGGGGAUCAGAAUUUCAAAAACUUAUGAAGAGGAAUGGUCUUAUAUCCCAGUUGGUGGAUCAUUACCGAACACAGAGCAGAAGAACCUUGCAUUUGGUGCAGCUGCCAGCAUGGUGCAUCCAGCCACAGGCUACUCUGUUGUGAGAUCGUUGUCAGAAGCUCCGGAAUAUGCUAAAGUAAUUGCUACUAUUUUGAAUGAGAGUAAUACAGGGGACACUGUUACUCGUGAAAGAAUUAAAGAGAAUCCAUCUAUGCGAGCUUGGAAUACACUUUGGCCACAAGAAAGGAAACGGCAGAGGUCAUUCUUUCUUUUUGGAUUAGCACUAAUUGUGCAGCUGGACAUUGAGGGCACUAGAACAUUUUUUCGUACUUUCUUCUGCUUACCUGAAUGGAUGUGGCAAGGAUUUCUUGGUUCUUCUCUAUCCUCGAAAGAUCUUCUAUUAUUUGCACUCUACAUGUUCAUAAUAGCACCAAAUGACUUAAGAAUGUCUCUAGUCAGACAUCUGCUUUCAGAUCCUACAGGGAAGACUAUGAUAAAAACCUACUUGACGAUAUAGUACGUUUCUAUAACUUUUCUCUUAUUAUUAGGUACCCUGUAUUGGGACACAAGUUAGAUUACAUUAGGAGCCAUAAUAGAGUUUGUACAUAUGUUUAUAUUAUUACUACUAUUUUACUAAAAACAAUAUUGUUUAUGAUUUUGUAUCC